AUGGGUGAGGUUUAUCUGUCUACUAGGGAAAUAAAUAUUUGCAGUUCACUGUUUGCCUGACUACUUAUUUAUUCUAUUUAAAAACAUGUUUCAUUAUACCAUGAGCUGACGUCCAGAACCUUGCGUAUGCAGCAUCAGAACCCUCGAUAGAGGACAACCAGUACCUAUGUUGGCAGUAGGGUGAAGCUACCUUCCUGAGUAUUUUUAGUCUUGCCUCUUAUUAAUUGCUGGCAUAAUAUGGGUUACGCUGUUAUUCCGGAGAUUGCUAUUGUCCAUUUCCGGGAUUUUCAUAAGGAUUUCGGGCUGACACUAAAAUGUGUCGCGGCACAUAGAUGGAGGACCUUUCGUCCAUCACUGCAAAGAUGUUGGCUUAGCGUUCAUAUCUGUGGUUCAUAAGGCGGAGUGCGUACAGAAAAGAGUUGGAGCUCACUCAACUGUCGAACCCCUAGUGGUAGAAACAUCAGCAGCCAAUCACGAAUCUGGACUUUUAGCUAGCACCUAUGACAGCUAGGCCGUCGUGCCCGACGACGUCCACCGUGUGUCCCACAGCAGGCUGAGAGCAGGCCCGGUAACUUGUGCGUUAACUAGUUUAUAAUGGUAGCAAACUUGCACAUCAUCUACCCCCCCCCAUUCCUCAUCCUCCUCCUGAAUCCGGUGCCAAGACAUAGUCAAAAAGAUCGGAGGUGGGAGGGGGCGCAGGUGGCUGGCACGGCCAAACCCGCACCUUGGCCUACCAUUACAUCCCCGUCUCCACAACAAACACUUGAACGGGAUUUCAACCAACGACAAAAACGGGUCAGAAAUAGGCGGAUGAUACAAGUCACUGGGCAGCUGUGCACACGGCCUGUAUGCCUAGCGCGAGCGCAAGCGCGGUAGAAAACCAGAUUUCCACAGAACUGCCAGCGCCCCCCAGACUGCAAGGGCCACGGUCUGCUUAAUCGUGGCAUAGCAUGCGCACACAAUCCUUAAAAGUCCCGAAAGGAGUAGUGGCGAAACCACUGUCAUGCAAAUGUAUGCUACUGAUGGCAGAACUUUGUAGCAUCUCCAUUAAACAGUUAGCCCAAGAGAUUGGACCCUCCUCGACCGACCUUGUUAUGAGUUCUUGAUUGAUAUUAAAGUAUGUCACCGCAUUGCCAUGCAGUAUAUUAACUUCGUAAAACAGAGUCCGUUGCGAGAAUCCCAAGGCCCACUGUGGGGCCGAACCCCUCGCAUUUGCGCAAUACAGCAGCAGAUACAUCGGCGAUGAAACUGGCGUCUGGGCCUUCAGCUACUGCUGGGGGCUUAUAUUGGCGCCGCUCUCAUGAACAUGCAUACUCCGACUUGUACAACUUGAUUGUAAGACGUGGGCUGAGUGUUAGUUCUGCCGAUGCUGGCCGCGUAAUGCUCAAUUUUCUAUUGAGAUUAAAAUUGUGUAUGUGGCACUCAAGUAGAAGUUCCCUAAUUGUACACUUGCCAGAAAUAGUGUCACAAAGUUUCACUGCAAUUGUUUAACUUAAUCGUUUGUGAAUAUGUUGGUUUAUCGUCUUCAUUUGAGAAGCAUGAAUAAAGUUUCACAUUGCCAGUGUUCUGGACAUAGUGACCAAUUGAACUUGCAAUUGCGUAAUACAUGAACCAGAACGUCGGGACGAAUAGGAUGAGGCCACAGUUGCUGAAUUUUUAAAAUCCCAGUUGUACUGCUUGACGUUAGCAUAAACUGUAAGCAUUGACCCCCCAGAUGUUCAUUGUGUGCGACUCAGUUUUUAAUCAAGUUUUCGGGGCUGACGUUAUAAGGUCUUGUCGCGAACUGAAUUGUAGGUCAUCCCAGUGUUCAGUUUCUCAAGACCAUGUACCGACACUGAACUGCAAGUACUUGAUUUGAUCACUUGUGAACAUAUUGGCCUAGCAAAGGCAUCAGUUUCGUUUUGCAGCAGCAGAAAUCUCGACGUCUAGCCGCGUGUCUAGGUCUUCAACUGGUACCUAUAUUAGAGCUAUUGUGAAACCAGUGUCAUAAAUCCAUACCCCAAUCUGUACCACUAGGUGAAUGGAUAUUAAGUGGUACUUAUGCAGACGCUGCCUGUGUGCUUAUUAGCAUAGGAAAUUGCCUGAAUAAAGGAGUGUUGGUGUUUUUCCAAGACUGUAUAUAUUUCCGUUAAGAUGACGUUGAAGUAUAUUCGAAAUGAGAGAAAUGUAUCUAAAUAACGCGCCGGACCGUCCGGAUUUCCGUCCUCAGGCUCCUGGCAGAAUAACAUUACCUCCAAGGGACACGAUGGGAAUAUCUAACUUAUUAGCCGUCAUCAGCCAGUCCCACCAAGUCGCUGACUUUGCAACUCCUGAGGCUUGAUCCUGCGGCCUGUUGACUAGAGGUCCAUCGCUCUAACCAUAGAACCAUGGGCUCGUCCUGUUGGUUGCGAUCGGAUAUAUUGACAAUGAUAUAGGGGAGGUCACCAAUCAUGUUAGGCGACACACGUCCUGUUGUGCCUUGGUGCUCAAUCCAGAGUGAGACCCGCAGCCAGCCGAAUGAUCGGCCGACUUUGGAGAUCCGGUGGGCCACUUCGUCGCCGAUGUUGAUGGUGCGUUAGUGUGAUACCUUAAAAGCGAAUGAAUCCACUGUUUUGAAUUGGCUAUCGUCGAUCGUGAUGGGGGGAGGUCAUUUAAGUUAGUAUUGGGCGACGACUGAUGAACUACGAAAGCUCUGUCCGUGUUAACGGUCAGCUCGACGUCAGCGCAUUCGGGGGUGAAAGUUUCUAUGCUCCUUUGCAUGGCGUCUUCCGUUGGGGCGUUGAGUGGAUACCCGUUCGCGGAUACGAGUGCAUGGACAUUGAUGGUUGAAGUUCGGAUGGACGCAUGCAUUCGUUGAGCGGAUCGUCGGUCCUGUAAGCGAUGGUGAUCCCAAGGCGCUCGUCACGACAGGCGUCCAGCAAUUCGGCGGAGGACAUGAGGCUGAAAAGAGUGGGAGCGAGUACGCAGCCCUGCUUUACGCCAUUGGUCACUGCUAAUGCCUCUGUGACUGUCCUGUUUUCCUUGACACGCCCUACCAUCCAGUCUUGGAGCUGACACAUCAGGCGCAUUAAUUGUUCAGGACGACGAAAUUUCUGGAUGGUUUUCCAUCACCAUCAACCGUGUCGAAGGCCUUCACCAGCACCACGGAGAGAGUGUAGAGGUUGGCAUGCACUUCCUUACACUUAUCUUGCGGUUGCCGAACGCCAAAAUCAUCUCGGUGGUUUGGCGGUAUCAUUUAAAGCCAUAGUGGUUUUUUGGGGAGUAGCCCGUAAUCCAGAUGGUCCUUGAGACGAUUGAGAAGGAUGCGGGCGAGCAUUUUUCCGGCGAUGUUGAGGAGCGAGAUUCCACUGUGGUUAUCCCAGGCAAGCCGGUUUCUUUUCCGCUUGUAUGGAUGGAAGAUAGUCGCGUCCCUGAAAUAUUGUGCAACUAGUCCUUCGCGCCACAUCUCUUGUAAUAUUUAUUAAAGUUUGUUAAUCAGUCAGGGGCCUCUGUGCUUGUAGACUUUGAUCGGGAUCGCGUUAGAUCUCGGUGCCUUCCGACCGGAGAUUUGUUGCACGGCUGUGAUAGUUUCUGGAAGGGAGGGUAGGAUGUCCAGAUCGUUGUUCACUUCAACUUGAGGGCGCCGGCCGUUGGCGGCGCUAGAGGUCGUGGAUGGGCGAUUGAGGACGGUUUCGAGGAGCUCGGCCUACCGCUUCAGGAACUGCGACUUCGCCGUCAAGAAGGUUGCUCCGCCUGAGCUGAGAAGUGGCACGAUCCCCUUAAAUGUGUGGCCCUAGACCCUGAUUGGUUGGAAUACGUUUUUUGUUUCCUUGCUAUCCGCUUACCCCUAGAUCUCCUCGACCUUUUGAUCCAUCCAACCCCCUUGCAUCUCCCACAGCCAUUGCCGCACGAAGUAAUGACUUCAGUAGAAGGCCGUUUUGUGUACGCCGGUGUGGUAUUUAACUCAGGUCCUGAUGAUGGUGGCGAAUUUGCCUCCCCGAAAAGGUAGGUGCAAGUCGGUAAUAAGGCGGUCGGUUAUGCCCUGCAACAUACAGGGUAGUCAUCCCACUAUAUCGUUUCGAAUGGCAAAGACAGCAUCAGGGACAAGACCUUUAAAAAUGGAGAGGGCGGGCGGGAAUGGGAGCUGAAUUAUCGGUUGUGGGAAUAGUAUGGAAAACCAUUAUCUGGGUUAGCCCGCCGGUCGAGGCGGUUACAGGGGAGUGGAGCCUUAGCAGAUCCCAACUUCGGAGGACUACAGAUGAGAGUCGAGCGCCAGUUAGCGACCGUGAGGAGCAGUCACCACUUGCAUGGCUGUAUCUUUAGUCGUUGCACCCAACUACAAAAUUUCCGUUUGGCUAUUCCACCAACUUCAUCCACCUACAAAGUACCGUGAAACCUCCACUGAAAACUCUAAAGAGUUUCUCAAGAAAUUAAGAAGCAUUACAAUUUACGCUGACGAAAUAAUGGUCUCCUUUGAGGUCGUUUCGUUGUUCGCAUCCAUUCCACUAAAAGUAGCAAGGGAAUGCACAACCGAACUUCGCAGCCCUAUAAAACGGAUGUUCCCGCAACUGUAUUACUUGAACUGUUAUGCAUUUGUUUACAAACCAAUUUUUCGUUCGACCAUCAAUACUAUCAACAGUUAAGGAGGGGCGGAAUGGGGUCACUUAUAUCUGACUUUCUUCCAGAGGUGAAAAUGCAGAAACUAGGGUGUACGGCUCUUCCACUCAUUAAUCCAAAAUUUCGGCCAGGUUGUGCAGACGACACAUUCGUUGUCAGUAAAAGCGAUCAGCUAGAAACCCUCCACAACAUCAUCAAUUUGGCAAUUCCGGAAAUUAAAUUCACACGAGAAAAGGAACUCGGAAGUAAACUACCAUUUUAGAUGUUCUCAUACAGCGAAAGACUGACGGAACAUCACGCGUUGCUGUUUAACGCAAAGAAACUUAUGCGGAAGUCGUUCUACAGCAGCCGAAUCUCUCAAAGACGGUGCAUCGUCAACAGCUUGCUUUACCUAGCAAAAACACUGUUCCAACGAAGAAGGCUGCAGAAUAGAACUAAAUUAUCUGUUUGAAUUAUCUCACCGAGAUGGUUGCCCUAGAGCUUUUGCAUGUUGAUGCAGGCGCCCAAGGCAAAUACUUGGUGAACCCUCCCUUACAUUAAAAAUAUGCCUGAACUCGUUAAAAGACAUCUGAGAAAACAAAUGCAAGUGGCGACUACGUUGCGCAGUCAGCAUGCAAACCGCAAGGAUAGGAUUGGCUAUCUGAAUAUGAAGGACGCCGUCUACAAUAUCCCAUGAGAAGCAUGCGAUGCCGUAUAUUUAUGGCUAAACUGGAUAUUCGGCCCCAUAUAGGCAUUCAUAAACACCAGCUAGCUGUUAAGAGGCGAGACCAUCUAUCUCAAAUGGUCAUGCAUAAUGGUAGAGAGGCACUCACCGAUCGUUUUUACAGAAAUAACUCGUCCCGCUGUGCCUUACGGGUUCUCUCACGAGCGCAACCAGCAGCUGCAACGCGGCGCAUUGUACAUUCCCGAUCGCAACCGACAGGACAACAAGCCCGUGGCUUAGUGGUUAGAGACGUUGGACUUCUAACAGGCUGUAGGAUCGAGCACCAGAUGUUCCACACCUCAGGGUUGGGUACGGCUGGCUGACGACGGCUAGUAAGCCAGAAAUGGCCAUUCCAGUCUCCCUUGUCUUUGUCGGUAGUAACAUUCUGUCUAGGUCAUGCAUACACUAGAUACUGGGUACGCUUUUGCAUGGGACAAUACUCGCAUCGGCGUCUGCCCUAUCAAAAGAGCCAAAAAUUUUUUGAACCCAUGUACUCGGAUGAGUCAUAUAUCAGCCGGCAUAUUGAACUAGACGUUAUGUACAAAAGUCUCAAGGAUGAGUAGGAGAGACGGGAACUAACCGAUGUACAAUAGCUUAUGCGUCGGACGCCUAUUGGUAGAAACACCGGAAAAGUAUUGACUUUUAAGCACGUCCGAAGUGUUGGCUGUAUUAUGUACACUUACUUAAAUCUGACGACGACCCGAGGAAUCGAAGUCGAAAAUUUACCAACAAAGCUCUUACUUUUUCUAAAAAAACCUACUGCCUUUAAACCAAAUAUAUAUGUAUAUGGGAUGAAACCGACAAAGACAAAGGUGACUGGGAUGGCCCUUUCUGGCAUAUUAGCCGUCAUCAACCAGUCGUACCCAACUCCAAUUGUGGAUCACUUGGGAUUCGAACGCGGGAUCUUUGGUCAUGGGUUCUAAUAUGAGUCCCAAGGCACAACGGAACGAGCACGUUCCGUAACCUGAUCGGUGAGCGGCUAUCUGUUAUAAUAUAUGUGAAUAUAUCAAAUAGUUUCUUAAUUUUAGGGGCUCAGCUGACACUUUGAUUUCCUUGACUUUCCGAACUCUUAAUUGAUCUCUGAAUCAUCUAUAUCGGAACAGGGAUUCCGUAAUCUAUUGCCAUAAGGCGGGCUGCACUGAAUCUGUGAGAACUUAUAGGGCCCCGUCUCCUUUCGAAAUGAACUACAGUAGGUGGGCUAACUCAUGAAAUGUCAACCGAAAUUCCAAAAUGCGUUUUCGUUUCGAGAAGAUUAACUAAGUAGGGUUGUAAAACUAGUCAGCCUGCAACAUAAUUCUAUAAUAUUUAAGUUACCUCAGGAUACUGACUUUCGAAACAUCUUCCUUCCGGCUGCAUACAAAAACUAUGCUCUGUAAAAAUGCCCACUUAAGUGGCAUUCAUUUUUUCUCAUUGAUUUUCGAUGCCCCUAAAAGUGCAAUUAUAUUUCACAAAAAACAUGCAUAAAAAUGUUUAUUCUUUCACUCAUUUCGUAGACAGCCAAGUCUUCUUCCAAUCUUAUACUCGAAGGAAGAACCUAAUUCGGUUUUAAAAAAGGUUUCUAAUUCCCGAAUAAUUUUGAACCCGCUCUACCGUUACACUUAGAUUCAGGGUUUCCAAACUACAGGUCGUAUAUUCUCCGCGUACGGAAAAACCACACAUUUCUCUACCGGAAUAAAGGGGGACAAUAGGGGGUUCAUAAAAUUUAGCAGUGGAUUUGAUCCAUAUUGUUAACUUUAUAAGCCACAUUAGUAGAUGGAGAGACAUGACGUUUUAUGAACGGCCAUUUCACGGUAUUAAAAUGUAUCACAAUUAGAAACUUUUUAAAACCGAAUUAUGUCCCAGGCGGACUAGUUUUACAACCCUACUUAAUUAAUCCUUUCGAAACGAAAAUGCAUUUCGGAAUUUCGGUUGACAUUUCAUGAGUUAGUCCACCUAUUGUAUGUAUAGUAAACUUAGAUGGACUGCAUGACACUGUCUGCCUUUGGGUCACAUCCAUCUUACCACUGAAACACCUAGUUUAUACGAAGAGAGUGUGCGCUAAAUGUUGUUCAAGUCUGCUCUACAGUAAACACAUUCACAAGCAAGGGGCCAUUGCAGUUACCUCGUUGGCAUUUGCAAACCCCGUCAGCAGCAGCAGCAGCAGCAGUAGAAUUAUCAUGCGGACGUGUUUCUCGCCAGUAGGAUUUUUUCUUUUACUGAAAGAUUUUUUACCAAGAUUGUCCUCGUUAGGGUAAACGCCAGACACUAUUUUUGUAGACCGAACUAGGCAUACUUAAAUUGAGGUAGUAUCAAGCUGAAUCUCUGGCAAGUCUACCUCUCCGGUGACGGUCGUUUUGGAAGUAGAUGCCUGUCGAACUGGUAAUUCGAAAAUUUGGGUUUUUGCAAUUUAAAACUACUCACCAUUCACAUCCGCUUCUUAAUAGUCUGUUCUGUGUCAUAUACCUAAAUGGCGUUUGACUGUGCGCGGAAUGACAGACUUGAAAAAGGCAGUGGUGUAAGUUUUCCUACCUUUUGUUUCGCCAGCGCCAAACUUGUACUAAACUUAUACUUAAAGGCUCUAUGAGGUAAUAUUUUUAUAUUUGUGCUCACAGGGGGCUGUGACACAUACAAACUGACUCCAAACCAGGUUUACAUGCAAAUAGCUUAUGCAAGUGUUUGUUCCCGCGAAAGUGAUUGCAUUAAUGCAUAAGUUGCACGGGUACUAGUUAAAAGCCCAUACACGCGUGUUUCGCUGACAUUCUGACGCUACAUGACAUCUGCGAGAGGUUCGGCUCGUCAGUGGGUCCCCCAGCAUUCCCCGUCUGUUUUCUGGCCGAUAUUCUAGUUUUUAAAUUGCGAAUCUGGUAUAUUGUACACUACUGGCUGCCUGUCGGCAAUUUAUGAAUAUUACGCGGUUAUUCCACCGUGGCUGGCGGACUUCGGCCCAACUAUUCAUAUAAAUUUUCAGUCUGAGCCUAUAAGCCUUAAAUAGGCUGAUGCACUCCAUGCUAAAAAUUAAAUUCUGAGGAAAUUGAAAACCUACAAAUUUUAACGGGUCCGCAGCACGAUCGCACGGAAAUUUUCUACUUGUUUGUACCACGCCAUCGUCAGUCGCUCUAUUUAAUAAAAAUGAAGCCACGCCUGCCAUAUUUGGGGCUUUGUGAGUAAGCUUCGGGAAGUAAAGAUAGUGCUGAAAUAUUGCUUAGCAAAUUUCCAAAUGCCGUGGCCCAGAGCUUCUGAACAACUUAGUGCAUUCAGAAUACCGGUAUUUCGAAAUUCAAGUUUCUUAUCUGUUAGUUUUUAAUGCAUUUGAUUGCAAUAAAUUCGCUCAUGAAUGGGAGACUCAAAAACAUACUAAUAUUACGCUUGAUUUGCGCCCAUUGUAAGCCUCUAGCCCACUAUUUUAGUGUGCGGCUAUUCCGAUACUUUGGGGUGAGAAAACGUAGGUGAUUCACCAAUCACGCCUUAUCUGUGGCAUUAAUAUUUUUCGAGGGUGAUCCUCCAGAAGAGUUUUUGGAAUUCCAGAUUAAAAAUUCUCUUGCUGUCCCAUGCUUUAUGAGUACACUUUUAAUGUGCUCAAACUCACUGCUUCACUUUCUUUGUAUAGCCGACGCCGAAUCCUGUCUAUAUGAUCAGCAGCAUAUCGACUCUCGUGACUUGGCUGAGUGGUGAGUUAAUAUAAACCUAAAUAGUGCUAGAAUGCUUUUUCACAACGGAUUUAUGUGGUUGUGAUAGCAUGGCCUAUUUAAAACACGUUGGUUGAAGUUUUGCCCAAGGUUGGACAUCGAAAAGAGGUUUUUUACGUUGUUAAAGACUCAAGGACCGACUUCUGGGCACCGCGAGGACCUACAGUCUGCGUCAUUGACCAUUCAGAACAGACCUACAACCAUGAAGAUCGCACAUCGGCGUGCCAGGAAUAGAGGGAAUUAUCGAAGCUGUGCACAGCAUUCGUAUUGAAAAAGCUCGCCAAUGUACGUUAAAUGGCAUAUCUCAUGAAAUGUUCGACGAAAUCCUGGGAUAUUCGAAAAUAUGUUUCUAACAGAGACAAGGGAGACAGGAAUGGCUCUUUCCAGUUUGUCAGCCGUCAUCAGCCAGCCAUACCCAACCCCGAAGUGUGCAACCUCUGAGGCUCUAACCCGCGUUCUGUUGGUUAGAACUCCGACGCCCUAACUACUGAGCCACGGGCUCGUUGCCUCGUCGAUUUUGAUCGGGAAUAUUACUAUCGGUAGGUGGAGGCCCACCAUUUGGUUACAAAACUCAGUCGCCCCAUCGUAUCUUUGGGGCUCGAUCUAGAACCCCGCUGGUCGUUACAUAGCGAUUAGUAUUAUAUUCAGAAAUAGAAUUCCAACAAAGACAAGGGAGACUGGAAUGGCCAUUUCAGGCUUAUGAGCCAUCGUCAAUCCGCCACACCCAACCCGAGGCGUACAACCCCCUGAAUCGCGAGGGCUUGAUAUGGCUGGCUGAAGAUGACUAAUAAGCCAGAAACGACCACUCCAGUCUCCAUUUUCCUUGUUUUAAAUCUGUUUCUAGAUCAAGCCCUAAAAGCACAACGGGGCGAGUGAGUCCCGUAACCGAUCGGUGAACGUCCGUCUACCAAUAAUCCGAAAUCCUUUUUUGACUAAAAGGAACGCCUUGGGCGGAUUGCAAUAUUAAUUAUCCUGCAGCACAAUCCUAACGUAUUUCACUUACCGCAGGAUGUCGACUUUUAACUUCGCUUCCUCAUGUCCGUCUACAGCCAUCGCACUCGGUAAAAUGUACUGCAUAAGCGGUACGAACCGCUCCACUAAUUUCCGCUGUUCUCAUAAAUUCAAAUAUGUUUUAUAGAACACAUGGGCGAAAUGUUCUUUCUCGUACUUAUUUGGCAGCAAAUCACGUACUGUUCGCAUUUUAUAUUCGAAAAAGAUAGAUUUUGGCGGAAAGGCUUAUAAAAACGAGAUCAUUUGAGACCGCUAAAUGUCCAUUCAAAUAGCAUCGCAUCUGUCCGUCCAUGAAUGUUCCGUAUGAAGAAUUCGGCACGGUUCAUAUCAGCCAUAUCUAUAAGAGAUGAUAUGCUGGAGUUAAUAAAAUAUUUUGGGAUUGUGCUGCGCGAUAAUCGGUAUUAAAACUCCAGUUAUGUUGUCCUUUCUAAUUGAACACACAUUUCAGAAUUUCGCCUGACAUUUCGUGAGAUACGCCACCUACUGCAUGUGUGCUAUGAGUUGAUUCAUCUUUGAUUUUCACAUGGUGCUGAAUUUCAUCGCUAGAGAUAAAAAAAAACAGGAACACAACAUACGAAGCAUACUGGCUAUUUCAAUCAAAUGGCGGCCUACGUCUCAUGUCCGAAGAAAACCGGCCAGGAACAUCUACGCUGGCGGUUGUAUCGGUAUGCCGGUUAGUUUAGUUCUACUCAAUUUACAAGCCUUCGUCAUCAUGACCCUAGGAAAGACUUUUGUCUUAGGUUCAAACAUUUGCCAGUAAUAACAGGCAAAUUACAACUAAUAUGCAAGUUGCGCUUUUGAGAAGGUAAGCUUAGAGCUUUCCUUGAAUACAUUCGUCGUUCUGCCCUGCACUGCGUCUGCAGCCGACACAUCUACCACCAUGUUGCCAAGACAACAUCCCGUCACAGUUGCUUGACAUCAGACAUCUUUCUUCAUCCAGGUUUCCUUAACUUUCCGAUUUCCCAAAUGGGGCUUUUAAUUUUGGAGUCCUAUAGUAUAGACACACCCCUGGUGUAUCCAGAGUUGUUCAUUUUAUGACUUCCUCUUUUAGCCAUAAGCGCAUUCCACGUUCACGCCUGUCCCCACCCUACAAGUUCUGGCUGACGUUGAACGCCCUCUUCAACGCCUUUAUCUACGAUGCAUCCACGUUGCCCACCCUCAGACCGGCCUCCUGGCGCAACCUCUUCUCCAACAUCUUCCUCCUCUGCCAGGCUGUACUGCACUUGGCCUAUACACGCCUUUUUUUCCAACUAUUUGUUCUGCGCUGUGCCAAGCGACGUUGGUUUGGCCGCGGUCUGGUCACAUUUGCCGGCGUCAGCAUCGCCGCCGUCGUGGCAAGUGUUUAUGUCUGCCUACUGCCGCUGCGUGUGGCGCGUUGGCGCACCUCCGGUCGGACCAGCGAGUUGGGCUGGAUUCUUCUACACGGCCUGCUUGGUCACUGGUUGCUGGCUCAAAUAGUUGUCCACUUUGUGGCCGGAGUGUGUCGUGAGGCGGGUCGGGUUCCCCAACCGCUGGUGCCACAGGCGGCGCCGGGUUGGAGUAUGUGCAGCCGCUGCCAGUUGCCGCGGCCACCACGGGCACAUCACUGCAGUGUCUGUGGCCACUGUGUCCUCAUGAUGGAUCACCACUGCCCCUGGUUGAGCAACUGCGUUGGUCUCCGCACACGCCGACACUUUUACUUCUUCCUGCUCUAUCUGUCAGUGGGCAUUGUCUACCUGGGGUUGGCCGGCUGGAGUGACUUUAUGAUGCACUCUCAGGCGGUAUGCGCGGCCUACGAGAAAGCCAACUGUUCCAGCUCUUCGCAGGAUUGCGUGAGUUCUGAAGACCUGACUUGUUUUUAUCUCUAACUUUUGUACAGCUUACAUUUUGACAAUGCGUCGACCGGUCAAGUUCAAUACUCACUCCCUUUGAUGAUAAUAUACCGAAAUUCGGGUGGCGUGAUGGGCCGACCGGGGACUAGAAUCGCCCUUCCGGUUAAAAGUAAGAUAUCUAGAGAACAACUUGAUUGCUUAUCUACUGUUCUGAACCUUAUAAAAGAGAUUUGAAGGCAGAACAAGCAGAUUUGAAUGGCACUUUUAAUUAACAUGCCCGAUUCCUUGGACAUCCCCAUUAUUGUCUGCUCCUCGGUGUAAUUGAUCCAGUUGCGUAAACAAUGCGGGCACUUUAUGGCUUCAGAACGAACCCUUGGCGUCGCUACUUCUGUUAAAAAUUUGCCAGCCCCUAUUUGGCGAAAUAAUUAUCAAACCUCUGUCGGAAGGAUGCUCCCCAAUCGGAUUACGGAACGUGAUCGUCCCGUUGGGACUUGCGACCCAAACUAGAACCCAUGCUGGCAGUCGCAUAGGGACGAGUAGUAUGACUAGAGAAGGUGCUACCGGGAAAUAUAAGGUAGACCUUUGUCGGUACCACCUAAACUACCCAUACUUCUAGUCGCUAUGCGGCUGCCAGUUUGGGUUGUAGUUUGAGCCCUAACGCACAACGCAACGAGUACGUUUCGUGAUCUGGCCGAUGAGCGCUUGUCUACCAUAAUUGAUAUUCCAGAUCAGAACCCACAGGACAACGGACCCGCAGCUCAAUAGUAGGACGUUAGACUCGACGACCAAAUAUCUUGCGUUCGAGUCUCACGUGACUUACAUCUGAGCUUGGAUCUGACCACUGUUGAUGGCUAACAAGCCAAAAAUUGCCGUUUCAGUCUCCCUCGUAUUUGACAGUCAUCGGCCACUGUAGUGAUCCAAUCGUCAAUUGGUGACCUUGCUGCUCAGGGAUCUCCUAAGCGACCUUGCCACACCCCUCCUACUCUGAAUUCAGGGCCAGUGUCCCUUUGGGCUGGGUGGGCACUAGAGCACCGUGCUCAAAGUGUGCAUCCUUAGGUCGCGCGGACUGACGCAGCCCAGAAUAAGUGCACCUCCAGAGUCUGAUCUAUGGCCAGUCUCUACUAUUCGGAAAUCAGAGCCCAGCUAUGAUGCCACUAUCCAGUUUUCAUGCAUGUAGCUGUGCAUUUUUCGUAUCGUUUCUCAACUUGUCUGUGUUAUCGCUGCAAUCGUUUCAGUGGACGACUUAGGUGUUCCCAUGAAGUGAUCACAGGUUUCUGUGUUGCGUCAAGUUAAAGCCAGAAAGCCGCUCUGUAGACCUCUUGAUGCCGCACUUCGCCCCUCGGACUUUGAUCUCCUAUUCUUUGUGGCCGUUGUGUGUCCCCUUCAUUGAGAUUUUGUUUUGAAGAAAUUAAAAACUUCUUCAUACCUUGUUUAGGGUGGCGAUAUUAACUUUACCGAAACGUGCUCACUCCAUCCUCGCAGUUAUGGAGCCGAAAUGUUCUUCGAUAACCAUUGGACUUGACUGUAAGUCACUGGACUCCAUACCGGAUCAGUGGCCACGACGCAGAAGGCCGUGGCCAAUGCCUUCAAAAAAGAGAGAACUUAUGGGCUAUGUUUCCCCCGCAUCUAUUCAAGUGAACGACGCUCUUGGGACUGUACGUCAGGCCCGACCGCGAUAGCGCUGGUGCGAAUUUGCAGGCGCCUCCCGAACGACCCGGCCUGUGAUUGCAAUUGGCCAAAGCGUGGGCCAUAUAAGCUCAUGGCAUAGGCCUAACGGGCCGCGCAGUCUCUCCCUUAGUGUGUGUUUCUGACCAUUACCGCUCACACAUACAUAUGGCUGUCACACCACACCAGGCAUUGUGCCCAAGCAGUCGAUCGACAGCCUCGCACAGUAUGAGAGUGGCAGAUCAGAGCACAUCGCAAAGUUCCUCAAUAGAAAUCUGGACACGCUAACAGCCGUGGUUUUGAAGUUUGCCGACUGACGGAAUGACUCAGACCCGCCCAGAACAGAGGGUCGAGAUGCAGUGGUUUACUUAUAUGACCUUUACGCCGCGCAUUUACAUGGGAUCCGAAGAAAGCCCCUAAAGGAAGUUGAGUGGGUAUGGAGUUAAGACUAGGUCGGCGUGACAGGCAGUUUAACUUUGCCAGUCACUGCGGCCAACUGGAGAAGUUGGUAAACCACAUUUGGCCAUCUAGACUUUGUCUUGCCGCUGGGACGCUGAGCGUGGGGCGAGGAUUGACCAGAUACCCGGCUCACUAUAGGCAAACUUGCGUAGGCUACAACCGAGCUCAUCCCUUUGGGCAGUGCCGAACCUCAGCGCUCGCGGCGUCCGAAAUGUCGUCGAUUCACAGGCCGAGUAAAUAGUGCGGAAAAUUACAAUGCAUUAUUUUGGUCAAGCUGGUAUCCAAGACACCUAGGAAACAAGUGUUUCUAAAACAGAAUCCAGCCUCAGAUCGUGUGGCGGACGCUAAGUCACGACAAUGCAGUCUGAUGUUUACGAACCCUCUGGCGUAGAACUACUCAGGCAGAACAAGGCCUCACAUGACAGCCGUCGUUUCUUACAAGAUGACGCAUCGGCUUCGCAGGGGCUUUCCACCUGAAAAAUGCUUGAACACUCGGCCUCCUCGGGCGGUCUUCGAAGGGUAGAUAGGCAGUGUAAUCUAUCGGCCGGAAUUUCAACUACUGCGUGACUAAUAGAAUUCUUGGUUACAUAACUGACUCUUGCUGUACUCUAAGUACCGGAGCUUAGCUAGAUUUUAAUUUUUUAUGACGGAGCAAAAGAAGUUGCUCUCUAGACGUCUCAGAUUGUCCUGUCUUCUUUUCCUCAGGCCAACCUGUGGAUACUGGGCCUUCAAGCCUAUGCGCACCGUCUGCUGGUCGCACUCUAUCGUGCCUCCUUGCUGCUGCUCUGCUUCACCGUCGGUCUCCUCGUCUGGCAUGGUCGUCUAAUCGGUCGCGGAGAGACCAGCGUGGAGUACUGCCAGAAUCGCCGACUGGCCCAGCGCAUGCGCAAACGACACCUAGUGUUCCGCAACUACUACGACUUUGGCUGGCAACGCAAUUGGAUGCGCUUCCUGGGCCUCGAGGCACCGGCGGAUGCCAGGGUCUGGGCGGCAGGGAAGAAGGUCGCCCUGCUGACCUACGCCUACCGUGCGUUGAUCAACCUCCUGCUGCCCUCGUGUCGUGGCGCUCCCUGUGACAGCAUUGACGGUCUGGACUACGAAUUGGCUACAGUCAGCUUGGAAAACAUUCUUGCCGACCUGGCCGAUCUGGACGAUGAUGAGCAGUCGCCGCAACCGAAUAACCAGCUCGUUCAGAGAGCAACAAAAGGAUAA